AUGACGGGCCGAAGACCCCCUGCUGUCUUCAACUCCUCCCCUGCGCCAAUCGAUCAAGACUGGGUAGACGCCGAGCUCAUUCCCUUCCUUCAGCGCGUCUACCCGGAAGAGCGUAGAACUACAAUGGAAUGGAACCGCCAGGUCGUUCUCGGAAGGUCGGACCUGCAUCUUCUCGAACAAUACGAAGACUUCCCGCUCACAAUCGAAUGUCUCCGCCUAUGCCUCCUCAACUCAGAACUCUUGACACGAGCGGAAAUGUCAAAGUUCAUUCCCAUUGCCGAGCAAGGUAGCUUUCACUGUCUCCAAAUCUUCAUCCGCCACGCCAUCGUACACGGAUCGUACAUGCUAUACUCUCUAGGAGACGACCCGAGUCCAGAGUUCCCUCGAGCAGGACAUACUAGUACUUGGCAGUCAACCGCAUCUCCAGCUACACCAGCUGAACCGCGCGCCACUUCCGUUGCGGUCCUUGAGGCGCGUAACGCGACACUGGAGAGGGAACUGGCCAAUCUCAAUAUGAGGAUGGAUCAGGCUGGACGUGGUCGCGGAGGCGGUCGCGGAAACGGUCGCGGAAGGGGUCGUCCUUCACAGCCUCGUGGUGGUUCGGAUCGUGGUGGUCGUUUCGGUCAAGGACCAAAUGUUCCUCCAAACAUGCAACAGACGCCAUCUCAGUUCCCUUCAAACCCACCUCCGGGAAUGUAUGGCUACCCAAAUUAUCAGUAUGGGUAUGGUGGUCCGUACAUGGCUGCACCGGCUAUGGGUGGCUAUCCUAUGCAGCCAUACCAACAGCAGCCAUUCACCAACCCCGGACAGCAGUAUGGUGGUGGCUGGACUGGUAGUCAAAUGAUCAAGUUGGCAACCCGUAUCAUCAAGGACAACCGACUCAGCGCGGCCGUGGCUCUUCAGGUAGUCAACAAGGCCAAGGCCAGGCGCCGUCUCAAGGUCUUCCAAGACGUCCUCAGCAACCAUCUUCAGGAUCGGGCGCAAGCACUCACGUGCCUCGCCCUGACGCGGAAGAGUUCUAUCCAGGAUCCGGAAAUGGCUACGACUGAUUCGGGACGGUUGAUUGGAAGUGAGACGAUUUUUUCCGGCGAGUGA